AUGGUGAAACAAGUUUUGGUAAAUCAACUUAAAAUAGAAAAGGCCAAGAAUAAAAAGGCACAUAUUUACAAAGAAACUUUAUACGUGGAAAGUAAAGCGUUUACAAAUGAAGAUAUUAUUAAUAAAACAAACGAUAUUAGUCAAACUACUAGAAAAGCGUUGCAGGCACGAUUGUUUCGGAUUAUUUGUGAAUAUAUUGGGGCACUCCACCAACAUUUACUUUACCAUACAGAGGUUAGGUGGUUGUCAAAAGGCAAAGUACUGACCAGAGUUAUGGAACUUCGUGCUGAGCUUUUAAUAUAUUUACAGCAGGCCAAGUCAGAAUACUCUGAAUUUAUUUGCGACCCGAAAUUUCUUUUGAAAUUAGCUUUUCUUUCUGACUUAUUUGAGCAAUUAAAUAUCUUGAAUAAAAGUCUUCAAGGGCGAAAUGAAAAUGUCAUUACUGCAAAAGACAAACUACAUGGCUUUACAAAAAAAAUUGACUUGUGGUCGUCGUCUAUAAAUCAAAAUAACUUCGAUUCAUUUUCGUCGACACAAUCUUUUACUGAAGAAGUCGGAUGUGAGAUAAACAUCAAGGCAUAUAUACGUAGUAUGAAAAUGGUGUUAGAUAAUUUGAAAGAAUUGUGUCAUUACUUCUCCGUGCAAGAGACAUCGGAGAACACUGGGCAGAGGUGGAUCUUAAAUCCGUUUUUAAAUGCAGCUAUAAAUGAGGUUAAUUUGCCAACUAAGCUCAAAGAGAAUCUGCUAGAAUUAUCUGCCGAUGGGAUGUUACACUUCAAGUCUGUUAAUUUGGAUACCUUUUGGUUAAGGAGAAAAACAGAAUACCCUGAAUUGACAACUGAGGCUUUGAAGUGUUUGAUUCCAUUUGCACCUCGUACUUAUGCGUGUUGACAUUUUCAUCAAUGGCCUAAAUAAAAAGUAAGCAAAAAAAUCGCUUAAAUUUGGAAAACGAUCUAAUUCUAUGUGUAGCAAAUACAGAUCCACGAUGGGAGAAACUGAUUAAUCAAAAACAAG